CUCCCCCCCGCCCGCCCCGCUUCGCCGCCGCCUCUCCGCGCGGCGCCGCUCGGGCCAUUUUGCGGCGCGAUGAGGCGGGAGCGGCGGUGAGCAGCGCCCGUCCCGCUUUUCGUCCUCGCUGUCGACACCGGGAUCCGAGCCGGUUCUUCGCGUGCGGGGAGAGAAAGGGAAGGAAGCCUCGCUGAGGGGCAGCGACCCCCGCCCGCCCUCCGCUCGGCGCCGGCGGAGCCAUGAGCUGGGGCACGGAGCUGUGGGACCAGUUUGACAAUUUAGAAAAACACACGCAGUGGGGUAUCGAUGUUCUGGAAAAAUACAUCAAGUUUGUCAAAGAAAGAACAGAGAUUGAACUCAGCUAUGCAAAGCAGCUUAGGAAUCUUUCAAAGAAAUAUCAACCCAAAAAGAACUCCAAAGAGGAGGAAGAGUACAGGUACACAUCAACUAGAGCCUUCCUAGCCACUUUAAAUGAAAUGAAUGACUAUGCCGGACAGCAUGAGGUCAUUUCAGAGAACAUGACCUCUCUUAUCAUUGGAGAGUUAACUCGCUAUGUGCAGGAGCUGAAACAAGAGAGGAAAUCGCACUUCCACGAUGGCAGAAAGGCACAACAACAUAUUGAAACUUGCUGGAAACAACUUGAAGCUAGUAAAAGGCGGUUUGAACGUGACUGCAAAGAAGCUGAUCGAGCACAGCAAUAUUUUGAGAAAAUGGAUGCUGAUAUCAAUGUUACAAAAGCAGAUGUUGAGAAGGCAAGACAGCAAGCCCAGCUGAGACAUCAAAUGGCAGAAGACAGCAAAGCAGAAUAUUCUUCCACUCUACAGAAGUUCAACAGUGAGCAGCAUGAUCAUUACUACACACACAUACCAAACAUCUUCCAGAAAAUACAAGAGAUGGAGGAAAGAAGAAUUGUGAGGAUAGGUGAAUCCAUGAAAACUUUUGCAGAUGUUGACCGCCAAGUGAUCCCUAUCAUUGGAAAGUGUCUGGAUGAAAUAACAAAGGCUGCAGAAUCAGUUGAUCACAAGAAUGAUUCACAAAUGGUAAUAGAAGCCUUCAAAUCAGGGUUUGAGCCUCCAGGAGAUGUUGACUUCGAGGACUUCACUCAGCCCAUGAAGCGGACUAUCUCCGAAUCCAGCCUUUCCAACUCCAGAGGGGAUGGGAAGUAUGAGCCGAAGUUUGGUGGCAAAUCCAAGGGCAAGUUAUGGCCGUUCAUCAAGAAAAAUAAGCUUAUGUCCCUUUUAACAUCCCCCCAUCAGCCCCCUCCUCCUCCCCCUGCCUCUGCCUCACCCUCUGCUGUUCCCAACGGCCCCCAGUCUCCCAAGCAGCAAAAGGAACCCCUCUCCCAUCGCUUCAACGAGUUCAUGACCUCCAAACCCAAAAUCCACUGCUUCAGGAGCCUAAAGCGCGGGGGAGCUGGGCCAGAGGACUUCAGCAAUCUCCCACCUGAGCAAAGAAGAAAGAAACUUCAGCAAAAAGUCGAUGAGCUAAACAAAGACAUUCAGAAGGAGAUGGAUCAAAGAGAUGCCUUAACGAAAAUGAAAGAUGUGUAUAUCAAGAACCCACAGAUGGGAGAUGCAGCGAGUGUGGACCACAGGUUAUCAGAACUUGAACAGAACAUUGAAAAGCUACGAUUAGAAGUGCAGAAAUUUGAGGGCUGGCUGGCCGAGGUGGAGGGCAGGUUGCCCUCACGAACUGAGCAGGCCCGGCGGCAGAGCGGGCUGUACGAAGCCCAGAACACUUCAGCAGUGAACAGCUGUGCACAGGACCGGGAGAGCAGCCCAGAUGGCAGUUACACAGAAGAGCAAAGUCAGGAGACUGAGAUGAAAGUACCUGCAACAGAUUUUGACGAUGAAUUUGACGAUGAAGAACCACUACCAACCAUAGGAACAUGUAAAGCUCUCUAUACAUUUGAAGGUCAGAAUGAAGGAACAAUUUCUGUAGCAGAAGGAGAAAUGCUGUAUGUAAUAGAAGAAGACAAAGGUGAUGGGUGGACACGAAUCCGAAGGAACGAAGACGAGGAGGGCUAUGUCCCUACGUCUUAUGUUGAAGUCUAUUUGGACAAAAAUGCCAAAGAUUCCUAAAGGUGUUUGUGCUGGUGCAAGAACCUCGGGGCGAGCUUGUCACAGAAGGAGAAACAAAAUGGUCUGUUUACCCUGCAGGCAGUUUAAACAUACCCAUGGAAAGCCAGACACCCACUCUUGUCUGGAGUUCCCACUUGAAAAAUUCAGACCUAAAUUCCAUCCCAGUAUCAUUCAGACGCUUGCUCUUUUCCAUGGCAUGCUACUUGUGGCUCAGAUUAACUUACCAGCCUUCCCUGCUCUUCUACCAGCUUGGCACAGCCCUUCUAUAAAAAAAAAUAACCAGCACUUCCCCUCCCAGCUCCUCCCAGCGCUGGUCAGAGAACCGCUGGCUGCCCAUUGAUGCAAAGGGCACCUGGAGAGGCCCAAGCAUGUGCAGGUCUGUCUUCUGUCCUCCCUCGUCCCUCAGUCCAUCUGAAUGUAUGCACUGGUCCAUCAGCAUUUCACAUGGUGCCUUUAGCACUAAUCCUGCAGGUAGUUUCACCAACUUGGAAAGGAGGUGCAUACACAUGGUAAGCUGCUCCUGGGGACAGUGUUACAGCAGCUGGACUGGACUCUGAAUUGGCAGAUAUUAAACUUGAUCCACAUGCAUCAUUCAGUAUUCUUCUUUCCACAAAAAAGUCACUAAUACUUUUCAGCCUUUAUUUUUUUUAAAUCUAGGCUGAUGCUCAUGCCAAGUAUUAAAUCCCUAUGACCUUGCUGUUGCCUGAAAGCCUUCAAGCUCACGUAUGUACACUUUCUUUCCUGCUUGUUCUCUUGCCCCUUCCUCUUUAUUGCCUCCUCCUUUCUUCCACCUCUCCCUCACACACACACAGACACACACAGACACCGGCGUUUUGGUUUGAAGCCCCGUUCUGCUCAUCACAAAGACCUCCAUUUUGCUCUUGUUUCAUUCUGCAUGCUCGCCCUGUUGCCUUGCCUGCGCCCACCUUCCCAAGGGCCACAUUAUUUUGUGGCUCGUUGUUAAUCUCUUUGCAGUUUUCUUUUGUUGGUUUGUUUUUCAGCAUUUCAGACCUACCUUCUUCUUUUGCAUGACCUCUUGUGCGUUCUCAUCAGUUAAUGUUUGAAUAACAGAAUUUUUUUAGAAAAAAAAAAUAAAAGAGAAAAGAAAAAAAAAGAAAACUGCACUGUAUUUCGUUCUGCCACGUUGUCAUGGACUGGACCUUGGCCCAGAAGUCAACCCUCAGCCAUCCUGUUCUCACAUGGUUUUACCUGAAGCAGAAGUGAUGCUGCACUGUGUCACCUCAUGCUUCUGUCUCCAAAUACGUUGCACGACCCAGGCUGCCUAACAAAGGGGUCAAUUGCUUUCCAGAUCUGUACUACAAAUGUGUUGGUUUCCCUGAAUCUUUACUGUUGCUAAGUUGUCACAGUAAUCCUGUACCUGGUUAAGUCCUGUAAGAGAGUUCGUUGCUCCUCGUAGCUCCUGAGGGCCUUACUUAUCCUUAACCCAACCUUACUUAUCCUUAAACCAACCCAUAUUUUGGGGGAGUCCGCUUGCUCUUAGGGAACUUCAGCAUCUCUUGUAAAAUCCCCAGAACUUGAGGAAAAUUUGGGAGCUGCUCUGAUGACCCUGAGGUGAACCCUCUCAGGUGUAGUUUGCAGAUGUGAGCGUGGUGUUCUGCUGCCAGCGUGUAGAAAUGUGUCCCAGAAUCAUCUGCUCUCCAUGCUGGGGUUUGCCUCGGUCUUCCUCGCUCGGGAUGAAGUCAUUUUUUGAAUUAGCAUUGUCUUCAGAGCUUUGUCCCUUUCCAUUUGAGAUACCCAUUUUUAAUUUCCAUAGCAAAAACCCCUCAGUCCUUCAGUGGGUCCUGAGCUGCUGUACUGCACUGCUUACAGCCUGCAAGCAUCAACCAGCACCAGGUUAUGUUUUAAUCUGACCGAAGUGGAGCCUGCGCUGCAGGCAGGGCUGACACCUCAGCACAGUGCUGCUGGAGUCAGAAACUGCCAUCUUCAUCCCUGCAGCUGGGAUCACACAACCCUGCAUCUGUGAGCCUCUGAGAGCAGCAGUGCUCGUGGCUCUGUGCACGUGUGUGACAGAGCUGUGUGAGCAGCCACCUCUGGGGGUCCGAAUUGUAAAGCAGCCAGCAGCUGUGCAAGAAUGGCCAUAGAAUAUUUUAGCUGUAGUGUUUUAUUCUUGCGUCUGAAGCACUGUUGAAUCAGCAGCGAGGGGAGUUCAUUUUCACCUGUUAUUGUGCCAUCUAUGUCAAACUUUAAGUUUGCUUUUAUAUAUUGAAUCUGGGUGGACAGUAUAUUAUUGUCAGCCUCUGUGGAGCAUUGGGGCAGUUGCAGCAUCUGUGUUGUUCAGUAGCACCGUAGAAGGAGCAUUAGCUUUAGCUGCCUGAUUGUCUUUGGAAGAGUUUUAUAAAAAGGCCACAGAUGGAGUUUUUAUAAACUGGGUGAGCAGCUCCCUGAUGCCUGGAUCUGCAAACUGACCACAAGAAAAAUGGACAGUCACGUAUCCUACAAUCUCUAUUCUGCUGCCUUCAUUCAGGGUAAAGAACGGGUAACUUUGGUCGAGUUUACCUUAUACAAAAGCAGAAGGACUGAAUAUGUGCACUGGUUUAUAAAAACUCUGCUUGAACUUCUCCUGCCCAGAAGUGGGGAUGCGCAGCCUGCAAAACCCUGCUGUCCCCAGCAAGUCUCUAAUGCCCUUUCUUAACAUCUGUAAAUAGAGAAGAAACAUAUUUACUGAUACUGAAAGUUGUGUUUAAUGCUGAGUAUUUUUCAGAAGUUCAUUUAGUUUGAUGCAUAUUGUUUGUUAUUUUUUCCUGCCUGAAGUGUCAAAAAACCUAAAAGAAGCCAAAUUCUAUUUUAACAUGAUGAUGUCGAGCACUUUUUUAUUUGUAUAUGUGUGUGUAUGUGUGUUUGAGCACCGAUCUCUAGAUUUUGGUGGCAUCUCAGUGUUGUGAUUUCAUUGCCAAUGUAAAAGGUUCUGGUGUUGCCCAUUUGUUUCUGGAGACAGAAUUCAACCAAAUAAAGUGCUUCCAUUUGAAAGCAAAUAUUGACCUUGUAACAAUGAAAGGAAAGUCAUCCACAUAUUUAAAUAAACCUUUAAUUCCAGAA